AGCCUAAUAGUCUUGUCACAUACUAGUCACGUACGAGGGCUGUAAAGCUCGGUUGUUUCUGCUCCUUGAUCUUAAGUCGCAAAAUAGGUACUGUCAGUCAAGAUCCGUGACCAAUUUUUCAUUGAUAGCUGCAGCUUGAACUUGAAGUCCUAAUAUUUUUUAACCGAAACCUAUAUUAAACGGAGGUAGCAAUUUUUUAUGCAAAAACCCCAUCUUAAAACCCUUGAAAAUUCAGACAUUACAGAAAUCCAUUCCAUGGCCUUAUUUCGCAUCGCAACCAGAAUCAUAAAUCGUCAUCAUCACCACCGUUCAAUUUCCACCACACUCCACCUUCAGAAUUCAUGGCUCAACAAGGUCAAAAACGUCUUCACACCCCAAAAAACCGAACAACCAUUGCCAGACGCAUCUCAAAUUCCCUCCGGACCAUUCACACUUCUCAAUUUCGCAGAUGAAAUGAAGAAAGCGAGAAAAAUUGGCGCGUUUAAAGAGUAUAUGGUUGGAAGAAGCAGCGAAGUUACUUUCGCUACUGCGUUUGAGAAAUACGAAGCAAUUAUUAGAUAUCUCGCGACAUUCGAUUAUACCGGAGAGAAUUUGAAGACUAGUCAUAAACAAGAAGCGGCGAAACAUUGUAAUUGCACGAUUGCUGAUGUCGAGAAUGCACUUGCGAAGUUUACUUGGGCUAAAGAAGCACAGAAGAAGAUUCAGGAGUUGAAUAAAGAAGGAAAACCAAUGCCGAAAAAUAUUGCUGAACUCCAAAAGCUGGUCGGUACGAAUCCAGUGGAUCUUGCAAGGUCUAAUUUGGCGAAAAGUGGACAAGUUAGCAGGAAUGCUCCCUGUCCAUGUGGUUCAAAGAAGAGAUAUAAAAGGUGCUGUGGAAAGGAUUGAAAGAAUUGAGAGGCUAAAGAUUAAACUGCAAGGAAGCCUUGUCUGUUAGAUGUGCACACAUAUGCCUGAGUGAAUCUACACCCGUGCUCUGUUUUAUUUAGUUCAGAUCAAGCCAUCGAUUGCACUAGACUACGGAAUCGCUCACAAUAAUCAAAUGUUAGGAUGAGAGAUUUUGCCAAAUAGUUGUUUGAGUUUGUUAGUCUACAAUUUUCGGGGUGUACUUAGGUAGAACUAAACAGAAUAUUUUUUGUUCAGCUGAAGAGUAAUUAGUCAGUUCUAUUCUUUCUGUUAGUUCAGCCUUAAUAAAAGGCAAGAGAAUAAGAACAAAAUUUAUAGUGGCAGAAGUUAAUUUUA